AUGCCUGCGAUAAUAGUCGAGAGAUAUCAGACGAAUCAAUUUGCUACGAACACGGCUUGUGAGAAUUUAUAUCAUCGGGCUCUAGGCUCGGUCACCCAAUCUGAAAGUGGGGCUGCUGCGAAACCACAGGUUGAAGCUCAGACUGGCAAUCUCACCAAUGCCCAGCUGCAGGCUAUUGGACAAGCAGUUGCUGCUUCCUCUCGUGGCGGCAAUGUAGCUGUCUCUCGAGGACCAAAUGUUGGGAGUGGUGCGAAGGACAGCCCUCUUCACGUCGUUGUCGAAGAGACCAUCUCCGGACAGAUCUUCAAAUGGGUCAAGUUCUUCCUUUACUUUGGCCUCUUCACAUACCUGUCCUUGGUAGUUGUGGCAAUGGUCAUCGAGACCUUCCAGACGUUUAGAAAGGUGGGAGGGAAAGCUGAGAAUGAGGCGAAGGCGGAACAUCAGACUGUUCGCUUCUCUGAUGUUCAUGGGUGUGAUGAGGCAAAGGAGGAAUUACAGGAACUGGUCGAGUUCUUGAAGAACCCGGAGAAAUUCUCUACCCUUGGUGGGAAGCUCCCGAAGGGUGUUCUACUUGUUGGCCCGCCUGGAACCGGAAAGACUCUCCUCGCUCGAGCUGUUGCUGGAGAAGCUGGUGUCCCGUUCUUCUUCAUGUCUGGUAGUGAGUUUGAUGAAGUCUACGUUGGAGUUGGCGCCAAGAGAGUCCGAGAUCUGUUCUCUGCUGCAAAAGGCAAAUCCCCUGCUAUUGUUUUCAUCGACGAACUCGACGCCAUUGGAGGCAAACGAAACGCCAGGGAUGCUGCAUAUGUCAAACAAACGCUCAACCAGCUGCUCACCGAACUGGAUGGUUUCGAGCAAAAUAGCGGAGUCAUCAUCUUGGCUGCCACUAACUUCCCAGAGAUGCUGGACAAGGCUUUGACUCGACCUGGUCGUUUCGACCGAAAUGUUGUGGUUGGUCUUCCUGAUGUCCGUGGCCGCAUGGCGAUUCUUGCACAUCAUAUGAAGAAGGUCGUUGCAGCGAAAGAUGUCAGCCUCGAGGCACUCGCAGCUGGUACCCCUGGCUUCUCUGGAGCGGAGUUGGAGAACAUCAUCAAUCAGGCUGCUGUCCAUGCUAGCAAAGCCAAAGCUCAAGCAGUUUCAAUGUUUGACUUUGAGUGGGCAAAAGAUAAAGUAAUGAUGGGAGCGGAGAGAAAGAGUAUGGUCAUGUCUGAGAAGGAGAAGGAGAUGACAGCAUAUCAUGAGGCCGGCCAUGCAUUGGCUAUCAUGUUCACACCGGGGACGAAUCCUUUGCACAAGGUUACCAUCAUGCCACGAGGUGCAUCACUUGGUAUGACAAUGCAUCUUCCUGAGAUGGACAAGUACUCUACAAGUAUGAAUGAGAUGAAGGCCCAGAUCGAUGUGUGCUUAGGAGGGAAGGUCGCCGAGGAGCUCAUUUACGGUCCCGACCAAGUCACAAGCGGCGCCUCAUCUGAUCUCCAAAAUGCAACUCGAGUUGCCUACGCUAUGGUAACACAAUACGGCAUGUCCGACAAACUCGGCAACGUCGACCUAGCAUCCAACUACGGCAAGCUCUCCACCACCACUAAAGAGCUCAUCGAGCAAGAAGUCCGCCGCCUCAUCGAAGAAGGCCGCAUCCGCACGACCGAGCUCCUGCAAAACAAGCGCAAGGAGCUCGACCUCCUCGCCAAAGCCCUCAUCGACUACGAGUCCCUGAACAAGGACGAAGCCUUCAAGGUCAUCAAAGGCCAGAAGCUCGAGGGCAAGAUGGUCAUGCCGUCCGGCACCAUCAAGAUCCCUGAUCUGGGGCAGAUGGGUGGCACGACGCUGCCGGAGGUCCCGCCCAUCCCGGGGAGCGAGAAGCCGCCUGCCGAGAAGGAACCCCCUGCGGGCCCGGCUGGGGGUGCGAUUGCCUGA